AUGAUCUAUGAUAGUGAUGAUGUUCCAGAUUCUAGGAAAUUUGAUGUAUCUCUAAUGAUAUUAUUACUUAGAAAUCUGACAACAUUGGUCCCACCUAGUAGUGGAUAUGAAACUCUACCUUUAUCAUCAGAAACUACACCUGCUGCUGAUUUAGCCAGAAUUAAGUAUUAUAGGAAUUUUUUAGCUCAUUUGGAUGAUGGUAACAUAGACAGUACCAUGUUCUCCACAGCAUGGGAUGAAAUAACUGAUGCAAUUGGCAGAAUAGGUGGACAGCAUAUGAAACAGGAGUGUGAUAAUUUAAAAAGCAAAACCUUAGACCAAAGUAGCCAAGAGAUCAUGUUAGACAUCAAGAAUUCAAACGAUGAAAUAAAGGAGUUGAAAAUGUCAGUUGAGAGCUUGAAAGAAGUCAGUGAAGAUACACUACCUUGGAAUGUUAGAGAACAAAACAACCAGAUACUUGAAGACUGGAAAACCAAUGAUCAUAUGUUUAUAAACACUAGAGCUGCAAAACAUAUUCUGCAAUGUGUAAAAAAGAACAAUUGUGUGACAAUUACUGCUAGUUCUGGUGCGGGCAAGACGGCUACGCUCCGACAUGUAGCUUUACAAAUGGCAUGUGAAGGAUAUGAUGUUCUGAUGGUAACAGAUCCGAGUGACGUUUUCAGGUUUUACAAUCCAAAGAAAAAAACAUUGUUUGUUAUUGAUGAUUUAUGUGGGAACUAUUCUUUAAACCAUACUGACACUAGAGUUUGGGAAACUGUAAUAAAACGAUUAAAAGGAAUACUUCAUAAACAAAUGACAAAAGUUAUUGUAGCAUGUCGGUUACAGGUAUACCAGGAUGCAAAAUUUGAAUCUUUAUCUGUUUUUAAGUCGUGUGUCUGUAACAUGUUAUUUGAUAGUUUGCGUUUGUCAAAACCUGAAAAACAAUUAAUAGCUGAGUUAUAUCUUAAAACAAAAGCCAAUGAAAUAGCUGAUUUCCACGAUUUAUACGAUUGUUUCCCACUUAUAUGCAAACUUUACUGUGAUAAUCCAAGCAGUUGCAUCACAGAUUUUUUUCAGAAUCCAUUUUCAGUUUAUGAAGCAGAGAUAAACAAACUGCGUUCAAAAGGAUAUUAUGCCAAGUACGUUGCGUUGGCUUUAUGUGUCAUUUUUAACAACAGACUGAAAGAAGAAUAUUUGACAGAUGAAGUUGAUGACGACACACGGACUAUCAUUGCAAACACUUGUGAGGCAUGUAGGCUGGACAGCGGAACAUCCAGACUCAUUCUAAAAGAUGAACUAGAUUCACUUUUAUAUACAUUCAUAAAGAAGGAACAACAAGUAUAUAAAAUUAUACACGAUAAAAUAUUUGACUUUCUCACCUUUCAUUUUGGACAGGAGAUAAUCCAGUGCUUAAUUAAAAAUGCACAUAGCAGUUUGAUAAUGGAACGAUUUUUAUUAGAAAGUCAGAUAAAUGCAGACCAGUUUAUAACAACUGUGCCUCGUAAGUAUCAUCAAAUGUAUAUUAAAAGAAUGAUUGAUGACUGGUUCAAAGGUAAUGUAAAGGACGUAUUUUCAAAUAUUAAUAUGAAAAUUCCACAGUUCAGGCAAAGAUUUUUAUGGUGCUUAGAGGAACUUGACAUACCUUACCAGAAACAGUUAGCUCACACGAAUGACAUAAACAACAAUGAUACUAUACUGUUAAUAUGUUGCUUAGUUGGUGAUAUUGCCAUGGUUAAGUGGUGUUUGAAUCACGAUGUUGAUGUUAAUCAAUCAAGGGAUGAUGAAACAACUCCAGCCCAUGUAGCUGCCACGGAAGGUCAAACAGAAAUAAUACGAUUGUUGUUAGACAGAGGAGUAGAUUAUAAUAAAUGUAACAAUGAAGGUUGGUCACCUGUUAUUUGUGCAUGUAACAGAGGUCAUACUGAAAUUUUAAAGAUGUUCGUGGAUAAGGGAGUAGAAUACAAUAAAUGUGAGAAUGAUGGUAGGUCGCCUAUCAUAUUUGCUUGCAUCGGCGGUCAUACAGAAACAGCAAAUAUAUUGCUGGACGUUGGGGCAGAUUAUAGGACAUGUGAUAAUUUUGGUAACUCACCGUUGAUGUAUGCUUGUAAGAAAGGAUCUACAAAAAUAGUUAAAGAUUUGUUAGACAGAGAAGUAAAUUAUGAUAUAUGCAACAACGAAGGUUGGUCUCCUGUUAUGUUUGCUUGUUCUGAAGGACAUACAGAAAUAGUAAGGAUUUUGUUAGAGAGAGGAGCAAAUUGUAACAACUUUAUAAACACCGGUUUCUCACCUCUUAUGGAUGCCAGUAAGAAUGGACGUAAAGAAAUAGUUAGAAUGUUGUUAAACAAAGGGGCAGAUCACAAUAAAUGUAACAAUAAGGGUUGGUCCCCUGUAAUGUUUGCUUGUUCUGAGGGGUAUAUAGAAAUAGUUCGAAUUUUAUUAGAGAAAGGGGCAGAUUAUGAUAAAUGUAACACUAACGGUUGGUCACCUGUGAUGUUAACUUGUUCUAAAGGGUACACAGAACUAACAAAAAUGUUGUUAAAAAGAGGGGUAGAUUAUAAUAAUUGUAACAUCGAUGGUUUGUCAGUUAUAAUGUGUGCUUGUAAAAAUGGAGGUAUAGAAAUAGUCAGAAUGCUUUUAGAUAUAAAUGCAAGUUUCGAUAAUUAUGACAUAGAUGGUUGGUCACCUGUAAUAGUUGCUUGUACCAGUGGACAUACAGAUAUAGUUUCUAUACUAUUAGACAGAGGAGCAGAUUUUAAUAGAUGUGACAACGAUGGUAGGUCACUUUUUAUGUUUGCAUGCUCUCAUGGGCACACAGAAUUAGUACGUGGUCUAUUAGACAGAGAAGUAGAUUAUAAUGCAUGUGACAAUGAUGGUUGGUCUCCUGUUAUGUUUGCUUGUUCUACAGGGCACAAAGACAUAGUGCGGAUGCUAUUAGAGAAAGGUGCAAUAAUUAAUAAUAUUGUAAAUAAAGGGUUAUCACCUUUGAUAUCUGCUAGUAAGAACGGACAUACAGAAAUAGUAAGAAUGUUAUUAGAAAACGGAGUAGAUUAUAAUAAAUGUAAUAAUAAGGGUAUGUCACCUAUUAUGGUUGCAUCUUUUGAAGGACGAAUUGAAACAGUACAGCUAUUAAUAGAGAGAGGGGCAGAAUAUAAUAGACGUGACAAUGACGGUAGGUCACCUGUAAUGUUUGCAAGUAGCAUGGGACAUAUUGAAAUAUUGAAAAUAUUAUUAGACAAGGGAGGAUAUUAUAAUAAUUGUAACAAUGAUGGUAAGACCCCAUUACAAUUAGCUUGUGUAAAUGGACAUACAGAAAUAGUUCGGACAUUAUUAGCGAUAGGCGCAGAAAAUAAAUGCGACUUCAAUGGUUGGUCACCAUUAAUGUCUGCAAGUGAGAAUGGUCACCUGGAAAUAGUUAACAUUUUAAUAGAAAAGGGAAAUAGUUGUAAUGAUGUUGACUGGGAAAACAUAUAUCGUGCAAGGUUUUUUUAUAUGCACUCAAGAGAUUCAAUAGGUUUUAAUCGUUUCAUGCAUAGAAGACAGAGGAAUAUAUUUUCAAUAACAAAUCAUUGGUCACCUUUAUUACUUGCAUGUGUCAAUGGACAUACCGAAAUAGUAAAUAUAUUGUUAAACAAUGGAGCAUCAUGGGUUUAUGAAUGUACCCUUGAUGGUUCAUCACCUUUAAUGUUUGCUUCUACUGCGGGACAUACACAAAUAGUUAGGAUGUUGUUAGAAAAAGGAGCAGAUUAUAAUAUGUGCAAAAAUGAUGGUUGGUCACCUAUAAUGGCUGCGUGCAGAUUUGGACAUGCUGAAAUAGUAAACAUGUUGUUAGACAAAGGGGUUGAUUAUAACAAAUGUGCCAGUGAUGGUUGGUCUCCUAUAUUGUACGCAUUUAGAUAUGGACAUACACAAAUUGUAAAAUUCCUGAUAGACAAAGGUGUUGAUUAUGAGAAAAUUGACAGUUAUGGUUGGCUUCCUGUGAAGUAUGCUUAUAAAUAUGGACAUGUAGAAAUAGUAAGAAUGUUGUUAGACAAAGAAAUAUAUUAUAAUGAAUGUGAUAAUGAUGGUUGGUUACCGGUAACGUUUGCAAGUAGACAUGGACAUACAGAAAUAGUCAGGAUGUUGGUAUCCAAAGGAAUUGAUGUUAAUAGAUGCGACAAGAAUGGGGUUUCACCGUUAAUUGCUGCUAGCAGAUAUGGACAUACUGUUGUCGUAAGAAUGUUGAUAAACAACGGAGUUAACUAUAACCAACUUGACCAUGAAGGCUGGUCGUCUUUAAUGCAUGCUUGUAGAUUUGGGCAUGCACAAAUAGUAAGGAUGUUGUUAAACUACGUAGUAGAUUAUAAUCAAUUUGAACAUGAAGGUUGGUCGUCUUUAAUGAACGCUUGUAGAUAUGGUCAUGUCAAAAUAGUAAGGAUGUUAUUGGACAUAGGAACAGAUUAUAAUAAAUGUAACAAUGAUGGUUGGUCACCAUUAAUUCAUGCUUGUAAAAAGGGAUAUAUAGAUAUAGUGAGAAUGUUGUUAGACAAAGGAGCUAAUUAUGAUAAAUGUGACAAUGAUGGUAUGUCUCCCUUAAUGUUUGCUUGUAGCAAUGGAUACAUAGAUAUAGCAACGGUGUUGGUAAACAGAGGAGCUGAUUAUAAUCAUGUUGACAAUGAUGGAUGGUCACCUUUAUUAUGUGGUUGUGACAAUGGACAUUUAGAAAUAGUAAAAAUGUUGCUAGAAAGAGAAAUAGAUGAUUUGGAUUAUUCUUUAUUGUUUGCAUGUGAGAAAGGGUAUACGGAAAUAGCAAGGAUGUUGGUCGACAAAGGCGUUGAUUAUGAUAACUAUGACGAUGAUGGCUGGUCACCUUUAACGUAUGCAUGCGACAACGGACAGACAGAAAUAGUGAGGAUGUUAUUAGACAGAGGAGUAAAUUGCAACACUCAUGAAUCUGAGGAAGCGUCACCUUUGAUAUGUGCAUGUAAGUUAGGUCAAACAGAUAUUGUAGAGAUGUUGUUAGACAAAGGAGUCGAUCUCAAAGUGUGCAGCGUUGAUAUUUGUUCAUCCAUAAUGAUUGCUUGUUUCUUUGGACAUACAGAUAUUGUAAGGAAAUUUCUAGAAAAGGGAGUAGAUUUUGAAAUAUGUGACAGUGAUGGUUACUCACCAUUUAUGUUUGCUUGUAGAAAUGGACAUACAGAAAUAGUAAGAAUGUUAAUUUUACAAACAGAUAUUAAUAAAUGUAAUGAUAAUGAUGGGUGGUCACCUUUAAUGUAUGCUUGUGACAAUGAUCAUACAGAUAUAGUCGUGAUAUUGAUUAACAAUGGAGUUGAUUGUAAUGCAUGUGACAAGAGUGGGUGGACACCAAUUAUGUCAGCUAGUAUUUAUGGAUAUGCAGAUCUAGUAAUUAUGUUGUUACACAAAGGAGCGCAAUGUGAUAAACGUACCAAUGAUGGUUGGUCACCUUUAAUGUAUGCUUGUGUGUAUGGAUACAAAAACGUAGUAGAGGUAUUGCUAGACAGCGGAGCUGAUUGUCAUAAAUGUAACCCUGAUGGUGAAUCACCAAUUGUGUUUGUAUGUAUGUAUGGUUAUAUGGACCUAGCAAUGAUGUUAAUAGACAGAAAAGUAGAUUAUAAUAAAUGUGACAAUGAUGGUUGGUCACCUUUGCUUUAUGCCUGUAAAAACGGACAUUAUUAUAUCGUAAUGAUAUUGCUAUUGAAAGGAGCAAAUUAUUAUAAAUGCAAUAAUGACGGUGAGUCACCAAUUAUGUGUGCCUGUGAGUAUGGACAUACAGAAAUAAUAAAGAUGCUGAUUGAUAAAGGAGCAGAUUAUACUAAAUUUGAUAAUAAUGGUCGGUCACCAAUAAUGGUUGCUUGUCAAAAUAGACAUUCAACAAUAGUAAAGAUGUUUAUAUUAAAAGGAGUAAAUUAUAAAAUAUGUGACAAUGAUGGUUUCCACCAUGACUAA